GUGAGUGAAUGCGCAGGAUGCUGAGCUGAACAGCUGAUUCUGUGCAUUUAACCAGUAUGGACAGCUCUAUUCCGCAAACCUAGCAUCUAUCACAGUAUAUAAAAGGGAAGCAUUUUCACUGAAGGCUACGAAAGAAAGCGCACCAGCCACACUAUGGAGCGUCUUCUUCAAUCACCUGGCCGGACACGGGAAGAGCACCGGUACCAAACACCGCGUCCUUCAUCACAACUCCUCUCAAGGUCUGCCUUCAGCUUCGGCUCUCCAGCUCCGCUCAGAGGAAAUGAAACCCUUAGCGAAUUCGCCGCGAAACCGGCCGACAGCUUCGAUUACUCAAGCAAAUAUGCAGGUGCGAUGAAUCUGAGGAAAAUCAGUGAGAAAGAAUUACUGCAGGGGCUCAACGAUCGCUUCGCGGGAUUCAUCGAGAAGGUUCACCACCUGGAGAACCAAAACAGAGCUCUGGAGAAAGAAAUCGAAGCCAUUAGACUCAGAGCCAAAUCAUCUGCCUCUCUGUCCAAAGAGUAUGAGUCUGAACUCAGUAGUCUGAGGGAGCAAGUUCAUGAGAUGGGCCUUCAAAAGCACCAGAUUGAAAUCAACCGCCAGAACCUGGAGGACGAGUUCAACACUUUGAGAGAAAAGUACGAGAGGGAGACCCGUGGUCGUGUUGAUGCUGAGGAUGGCAUUUCAGUUCUAAAGAAAUGCAUUAAUGAUGCCUACCUUGCCAAACAAGAGAUGGACAGAAAAGCCAGAGCUCUACAGGAAGAGAUAGGCUUCCUGAAGAAAAACCAUGAAAGUGAGGUAGCUGAAAUGAUGGCACAAAUCGAAGAGGGUCAUAUGACUGCAGAAAUAAGUGAUUUUAGCAGAAGCGAUGUCACUGCAGCUCUGAGAGGCAUUAGGAUGCAACUUGAAGGUCACUCCGACUCCGACACCCGAUAUGCUGAGGAGCGCUUUCGAGCACAGUUUGCCAGACUGACCAAAGCUGCUGAGGUCAACAGGGAAGCGCUCAUGGCCACUAAAGCGGAGAUUAAUGAACACAGGAGACAGCUCCAGUCCAAGAACAUUGAGCUCGACUCCAUGAAAGGGGUGAGAGAAGGACUGGAGAGGCAGCUGUAUGACCUCGAGCAAAGGCACAAUGCUGAAAUCCAUCACUAUCAGGACACAAUCAGAGAGUUGGAAUUUGAGCUGAAAAAUGCUAAAUAUGAUAUGAGCAGUCAUCUGAGGGAGUACCAGGACCUUCUCAACGUCAAAAUGGCACUGGAUGCUGAAAUCUACUCCUACAGGAAACUUUUGGAAGGUGAAGAGUCAAGGUACUCUAUAAUCUCAGAUGCACAUAAUUCAGUACCAUACAUUUACAGACAGUCACCCAUCUAUACUCUCCCUUGUGUCAAAAGGCAGGGGGGAGCAACCCGAAAGGCAGAGCCUCAGUACAAAUUUGUUGAAGAGAUUAUUACAGAAACAACCAGAGAAGACGUGGAAAUCUCGGACACUGGCUCUGAAAAGAGUGGAGAGGACAGAGAGGAUGACAAAACAGAUGAGGAACGCAGUGAGAAAGAUGGUGAAACUCAACAAGAGGCGGCAGAUCCUGAAGAACCUGCUGUGGGGAAUGACACUGAAGAAGCAGUGACCGAAAAUGAACACAAACUAAGUGAUGAAAAAGAGGAUGAGCCAGUUGAGGAAAGUCCUGAGGGACAAAAAGAUGCUGACUCUGAACCAACGCAAGAAUCAAUGCCUACAGAAAAAGACAUUGAUGAAGUAGGUAAAGAUAGAGAAACAGACAAAAAAGGCACUGAGCUCAAAGACCAGAAGGUGGACACAAAGGGAAAAGAAGCACCUGAAGAAGAUGUAAAAAAGACAGAUGAACCAAUUAAAGAGAAAGAGGUUCCCAAAACUGAAGAGCGAGAAAUGCCUGAGAAAUCUGAUGACAAACCUUCUCUGGAGCCCAAAACAUUAGUGAACACUAAGCCCAGUGGAGAGACUGUUGAAGUUACUUCUCCAAAAACCGAAGAUGCCAAAAUCUCUUCUCAAGAUUCUACAACUGCAAAAUCACCAGAAAAAAAGAAAGAAACAGCCCCAGGGCCACCUGUAGUGAAAGAUACUCCCAAAGCAGACGAACAUGAUCUUGAUAAACCAACUACCGAAGAGAAGACUUCAGCAAAAACAGCAAAAGUGGAAGAAAAAUCUGAAAAAGACCAAGAGGAUAAUAACAAACAACCAGAGAAACCUGUGGAGAAAAAAGAGACUGAAUCAAAGGAGCAAAAAUCUGUGGAGUCUACAAAAGACAGCAAAGCUACUGAAGUGAUAGAUGAUGUGAAAACAGAAAAAGAUGAAGGUAUUAAAUCUAACGAAGCAGAAAAGGCAAAGGUAGAAGAACAGUCAAAGAAACAGGAGGACAGCAAAAGCGAUGGAAAUGUAGACACUGUGGCAAUUGAAACUACCAAGGUAAAAGAAACAGAAAAGAAGCAAGAAGACCUUCCCAAAGAAAAGUCUAAGACAGAGAGGGAUGACAAAAGUGACAGUGCAAGCAGUGCCAAAACUGAAAAAGAUGAUCGUGUUGCACCUAAAGAAUCUGAAAAGACACAGCAGGACCUUCCCAAGGUUGCGGAGGAAAAAUCACAACCUGAAAAAUUGCAGGAGAAACAGGAGGACAGCAAAAGUGACACUGUAAAAGCAGAACUUGCUAAACCUAAAGAAACAGAAAAGACACAAGAGGACCUUCCUAAAAUCACUGAAGAGAAGACACAACCUGAAAAGUCUCAGACACAGGAGGACAGCAAAAGUGACAGUGCAGGCAGCGUCGAAACCAAAAAGGUUGAAAGUGAUACACCUAAAGAAACUGGAAAGACACAAGAAGACCUUUCUAAAGUCAUGGAAGGAAAAUCUCAACCUGAAAAGCCACAGAAACAGGAGAACACCAAAAGUGAUGCUGUAAAACCAGAGAAUAUUGAACAUCCUAAACCUACGGAAACAAAGGACAAUUCCAAAGAUGUGGAACCGAAAUUGGAGAAGGUAAAGUCAGAGCUAAAGGAUGACGCUAAAAGUGACAGUGUGGACAUCAUCAAAACAGAAACCGCUAAACCAGCAAUGCCUAAAGAGUCUGAGGAGGAGCGAGAAAAGGAGGACAGCGGAAGUGUUAGCGCUGCAGAAAGUCUGAAAACAAACAAAGAUAAAGCUAAAACCAAGGAAGAAUCGGUUGAUGAGACGCAGAGUACUCAAUUCCCCAAAGCCCAGGAAACGACAUCUGAACAAAAGGACACUAAAGAAAACAAAGUGAAGAUGCCUGGAAAAGCCGAAGAGGGGAAUACUGUGACGACCAAAGGCAGCAAAGAUGUGAAGAGUGAAGACACUGUCCCAAAAGACAAAAAAUCAGGUGAAGUGAAGGCUCCAGCAGCAACCAAAACUGAAGACAAAACUGUGAAGUCAGAUCAGGUCAAAGAGACCAAGAAGACGGACAGCGUGGACACCAAAGCUUCUUAAACUCCCCAGUGUGGUAUAGAAAAUCAAUUGCUGCAGAAAAUUGCUAAGAAAAGACAGUAAGCAGCCUUGAUGAAUGUAACAUAAAUGACUCGCAUGAUUCGUAGAAAUGCUUUCUCAAACUCUCACGUUUCCGAUGCAGAUGCAUGCGUACACUGUGAUCUAGGUGUACAUAAAGAAUGUAUAAGAUUUUAUUUUGCUACAUCCCUUGCUCCGAAAAGCCAUAUGAAUGUAUGACUGUAGUGCUUUACAGUAACUGAAUAAAUAUUGCAGCAUA